AUGAAGGCACUCAUUCUGGUCGGCGGAUUCGGGACACGGUUGCGACCGUUGACACUCACUCUCCCGAAGCCAUUGGUCGAAUUCGGUAACAGGCCGAUGAUCCUCCACCAAGUCGAGAGCCUCGCAGCAGCAGGCGUAACGGAUAUUGUCCUUGCUGUCAACUACCGUCCAGAGGUCAUGACCGCUGCUCUCAAGAAAGUGAGUCUCCGCUUCACCGCCCUUCCAAUCCUCUCAUUACUCCACGGAGCGUCCCCUGACAUUUUAUCGCAACAGUACGAGAAAGAAUACAACGUCCGUAUCGAAUUCUCCGUCGAGUCCGAACCCCUCGGCACCGCCGGCCCCAUUAAGCUCGCCGAGAAGAUUCUCGGCAAAGAUGACGCCCCCUUUUUCGUCCUCAACUCCGACGUAAUCUGCGAAUACCCGUUCCGAGAGCUCGCCGAGUACCACAAGCAGCACGGCGCCGAAGGAACCAUCGUCGUUACCAAGGUCGAGGAGCCCUCGAAGUACGGCGUCGUCGUCCACAAGGAGAACACCUCCAAGAUCGACCGCUUCGUCGAGAAGCCCGUCGAAUACGUCGGCAACCGCAUCAACGCCGGCCUCUACAUCCUCAACCCCUCCGUCCUCAAACGCAUCGAGCUGCGCCCCACCUCCAUCGAGCAGGAGACCUUCCCAUCCAUGGUGCGCGAUGGGCAACUGCACUCCUUCGACCUCGAAGGCUUCUGGAUGGACGUCGGACAGCCGAAAGACUUCCUCGCCGGCACCUGCCUCUACCUCUCCUCGCUCUCCAAGAAAGGCUCCAAGCUACUCACCCCUGUGUCCGAGUCCUACGUGCACGGCGGCAACGUGAUGGUCGACCCGACUGCGAAGAUCGGGAAGAACUGCCGCAUUGGCCCGAACGUAACGAUCGGGCCGAACGUGGUCGUGGGCGACGGCGUGCGGCUGCAGCGGUGCGUGCUACUGGCCGGGAGCAAGGUGAAGGACCACGCGUGGAUCAAGAGCACGAUCGUGGGAUGGAACAGCUCGGUAGGGCGGUGGGCGCGAUUGGAGAACGUGUCGGUGCUCGGGGACGACGUGAGCAUCGGGGAUGAGAUCUACGUGAAUGGAGGGUCGAUUUUGCCGCAUAAGUCAAUCAAGCAGAAUGUGGAUGUGCCGGCGAUCAUCAUGUAA